AGCCAGGCUGUGGAAUCUGAUGAAGUCAGACAUUACUGCUUCAAAAGAUGCCCCCUGGCCUAGGUUGGCCAUCUUGUGGCUUCCUGAAUGGCAACAGAGGACAGGGAGGUGAUGGAAGCCCGGGGGGCAGGAGAAAGUUGUCCCACCUUCUCUAAGCUGGUGCCUGGUGACUCUACAUCUGAAGGGAAGCCAAAGGUCAUGUUGGAGCCAGAGUCCCUGAAACCAGACUCAUCCUAUGACUACCUGGAGGAGAUGGACACUGGUGAGGACAGAGGCUGCCCAGGGCCCCCCAAGUCUGAUCCCACCACCAAGGGCCAGGCAGGAGAUGCACCAGAACCCACAGAACUGUCCCCAGCCCCAGGGACGGAGCACCCAGCCUCCCUGGAACUGGAGAGGUUGCGCAUGGACUUUGAGCUGGUGAGACUCAAGCACCUGCACGAGGAGAACGAGAGGCAGCGGCAGCACGAGGCGGUGAUGGCACAGCUGCAGCAGCAGAGGGCACCACGCCAGUUCUCAGGUAGCCUCCAGGACCUCCUGCUGCCUCAGAACCAGUUUGCCAUGUUCCUGUUCUGCUUCAUCUUUGUACACAUAAUCUAUGUCACCAAGGAGAUGGUCUUCUUCCUCUUCUCCAGGCACUAUCUGUUCUGCAUUGCCACCAUUCUGCUGUGUUUGAUUAAAACUUUAUGGUCCUACUUCCAAGUUGCUCCGAACUCCUUCUCUGCACUCCAGAUGUCUGCAGGUCCCGGUCAGGUCCCGCCAGGUAGCGCCCCCGGCCGGCAGCGCCUCCAGCCAAAGGACCGCACGUGCCUCGGCCUGCGCGGGGCGUCCGGACGCAGCGUGGCACCCACGGCUGCAGCGGGGUGCAGCGGGGUCCUAAGCCUCGGGGUCGGUGUCCGCGGUGUCCCGGGCGGUGAGCGGCGGAGCCUGCGCAGAGCCGGGAAGAGCUCCCGAGGCCCUAGAUCUCCAUCGGUGACUUGCCGAGUUGGGGUGCUGCAGCGCCCCCUCCGCCUCUCCUACCGCGGCCCGCCCGAGCUAUGA